AGUCCCGGAGCCGCUCCCGGCCACCAGUUGUGUGUCUGCGCCGGGUGGAAGGGCUGCGAGGCCGCGGGGGAGCCCCGUCCCGCUCAGCCCAGCCAGACCCGCGGGGGUGGGCGCUGAUGAGUUUCAGGCUUCAAAAUCUAUUAAUUGGAUCAAUAUUAAUUUAAAAUGUGCACGGCAAAAUGAAACUAAAUGGCGGCCGACACGUCCAGGGGAUCUUGCGGGGCUUCGAUCCCUUCAUGAACCUCGUCAUCGAUGAGUGUGUGGAGAUGGCACCGGGGGGACAGCAGAACAACAUCGGCAUGGUGGUAAUACGGGGAAACAGCAUCAUUAUGUUGGAAGCUUUGGAACGAGUAUAAUGCCAGAGGAACGCGCGUCUUUACCAGCUGUGACGAGACCCAACCCGCCCUUUUUCUUUACUUAUUGAAUCUGCCCAAAGCAUCCCUGAGUGUAAACCCUUUUUUUGUUUGUUUGUUUUUUUGUUAAAUAAAUUUUGUAAUGAUUGGCAUAA